ACCAUUACCACUCAGUUUUGACAUAUGUGUGGGUGGACUUAAAAAUUUAACUGAGGCAUUGGAAGCCCCGGGUUACAUUAAAAAUAAUCUUUUAAGUAUUAAUUUUAGACUAUGAUGAGAUGAUAUGAAAUAUUGAUCUGAUAAUCACACAGCAAUGGCAUUACUAGGGGCUCAGCUGGUUAUAACUCUGAUAAUGGUAUCAGUGAUACAGAAAUUGGGAAAUUAUUCAUUCGCAAGAUGGUUACUGUGUUCCCAAGGAUUAUAUCGAUAUCUUUAUCCUGAUAAUAAUGCACUGAAAACAUUAGCUGGUGUUCCUAAGGAUAAAUCAAAAGGAAAGAAAACAAAAAGUGAUUCGAAUGGUAAGCCAGAAACGUUUCAUGUGCCCCGAAGCCUAGAAAUACAACUGGAAACUGCUCCUGUGACUCCACUAGACGUGGUUCAUUUGAGAUUUUAUACAGAGUAUAUAUGGAUAGUAGAUUUUUCUCUGUAUACAGCCUUUGUUUAUAUUAUGUCUGAGGUAUACACUGCCUAUUUCCCAUUAAAAGAUGAAUUCAAUCUCAGCAUGGUCUGGUGUCUACUGGUAGUGCUGUUUUCAUUUAAAAUCUUACUUUCACUGACAAAACAAUAUUUCACUAGUGACGAAUCCAUUGGUGAGCGUUCUACUUGCAUAGUGUCAUUCUGUGUGUUCCUACUUAUAGCAAUGAUCAUGUUAAUAGUAGAUGAGAGUAUCUUAGAGGUUGGCGUGGAUCCUGCUUAUGAUAGCUUUAAUGAGAACGCUUCAAAGUUCCUGGAAAAUCAAGGGUUGACUUCUGUAGGUCCAGCGUCUAAGUUGAUACUGAAGUUCUCAUUUGCUGUGUGGGCAGCUAUCAUUGGGACAUUAUUUACAUUUCCCGGUCUUAGAGUGGCUAGGAUGCAUUGGGAUUCAUUAAGGUACUACUCAGAAAACAAAGUGAAGUCUCUUGUGCUAAACAUAAACUUUGCAAUGCCAUUUGUUUUAGCACUAUUAUGGGUGCGGCCAGUCGCAAGAUACUACUUGGCUGUCAGAGUGUUUAGUGGAAUGAGUGGACCUAUCAUGACCCCUCAGAUGUUUGACACACUGCGCAUAGUAUUGGUCAUUCUGACUGUGGUGUUAAGAGUGCUAUUGAUGCCACGUCAAUUGCAGGCCUACCUUGACAUGGCACAAAGGAGGUUGGAUAUACAAAGGAAAGAGGCCGGCAGAAUUACUAAUGUGGAACUGCAGACUAAGAUAGCAUCAGUAUUUUUCUACCUCUGUGUUGUAGCACUGCAGUAUAUAUGUCCUAUCAUCAUGUGUCUAUACCUGGCUCUGAUGUAUAAGACCCUCGGAGGGUAUAGUUGGUCUUCUUUAAUAUAUGAGACCGCGGAGAGUGAACCUGUUGUUGUUAAUGUGGAAGGAAUGGAGCAGUUUCAAAUGGCUUGGGAAAACUUGAAAAUGGUAUUUACUCAAGAUGUUCACCGAGGUCUGCUUGGCUUUGCAACCUGGUGGAGUUGUUUCGCCUGGUUCCUUACAACAUCAUUAGGCACAAUGUACCAGUCUUACUUCCGGAUAUCAUGAUACAUAACUACAUAAAAUACUGUUACUGUGGCAUUAACAGCCUUUCUAUGCCAACUCAUUGAUGAUAGGGCUUACAUCCAAAUAUUGUGUAAAGCUUAAUUAAGUUUUCAAUCCUGUUAAAGGUCUUAAAAUAAUUUUUGUUAGUUUUUUAAUAAAGGUUUAUCCUAGAAAGUCCUGUGACUUCCCAGUAAAGGCUGAUGUCAUUGUGUUGGAAUCGGUCAUUUAAGAUUUAAAUGUGUUGUUGUUUUGUAAAGCUUGCAUACAAAGUUGUGUUCUUAUCAUAAGGAUUUAGUUAUUUAUUAAAAGAAAGUAGUAUUUAGUAAGUUAUAUUUGUUUUCUUUGACAGUUUUAAUAAAACUUUUUAUACUUA